CUUGUGCUUACUACUACUCAGACUUUACCAAACAGUUCUGCCUCUUACUUCGCUUCUUCCUCCCGCUUGGUUUCCAAUACUACCAGCGCUUCUGGUCAUUCUCAGCAGUGGCCCAGAUCGUGUUGGACGUGGCCCCGUAUUGAACCAUCUGGCAGGGUCAUCGAUUUAGACAUUACUGAACAGGAACAGAAAAUUCUUAGCUACAAUCAUCCUCAAAAUUCCACUUUCCCCUUGCAUCAUCAAGAUCAUCAAAAUCACUGUCAGACUUGUGAUACUUGCAAUAAAAUUGGGUCUAAGUCUUUCCAGAACUAUUUCUCACCUUCAAAAUUCUCCUGGGAACCAGUUCACAGCUUUAUUAGAGUCCAUCGAGCCCAUAUUUCUUCGCCCGAUUCUUUCAUGGAGACCCGGACAUCAUUUGAAUUGGAUUCAACCCCCACUUGCACAACCACCUCAAGUGAACAAGCAAUGAAUGCAAUGUCCAAAGUUAGCCUAAAUAGCCAUGUGGCCACCGAAGCGAACAGAAUUCCUAUUAACUGUAGCACUAAUGACGAAAAUAUUAAUAAUUUUUUUAUUAACGACUCUAAAAAAUUAAGUUCUCUUAUUCCUGUUGACUCUUUGGUUCCGCUUACUUCCCCUGAUCCGGGUCUUCUCGCAUCUUCACCUAAUUUCUCUCCUACUUUGAUCGACGUUGGCGGAUCUGAAACGGCAACUCCAAGUAAUAGCGAAGUUGACUGGCCAUCUUGCACUACUUUGCCUCUUUCUUCCACUUCAUCUGCUUCUGCAUUUACCAUUUCACCAUCGAAUACAAAAGAUAAAUGUUUGUAUCAAGCCUCAUUUAUCCAGCCUCAGCCACAUUCUCGGCGGCAAUCCAAGGCUCACCAUUUUUCUAGCCCAUCUACUUAUCAUUCAGUGACGGAAAAAGGCGAGGCGAUAGCAAUAACCGCAAAUCCGAAAGCCCCUCUCAGAUACCAGACUUCUCAUGAAGAUAUUGAUUCUGAUCCCCUGAUCUACGGAUGGGAAAGUCCUAGUCGGACAAACAGCUCUUCCUGUGAGGCUGUUAGGCCUCGAGUCACUCAUUCGCUAACUCUGUUGCUACGCGAGUUUAACCAGCUAACCUGGUUCCGAUUCCGGCAUCUAAUGCCCUGCGCAUUAACUGGACUCGACUUCCGUAUAACUAUCUCUGAUGACUUUGAGAUUCAGAUUCUCGCCACUGGCAUGGUCUUUGCUCCUAACUUCUCAUCACCACCUUUGGAGAAACACGAGUCUUUCGACCCACCUGUUUCUUGUACUUCAUCUUCGCUAACGGGCAGCUUGCCAAUGCAGGUCUCAUGCUCAAGUUUUUGCAAAUCACCAACUUCAGGCCAACUCAUUGAGUCUCCUAUCCUGGUCUCUGAGCGUGAUACUCGUACUCGCUCUCUUGUGGACAGCCUUUUGUUUUCUACGUCUUUUGGAACAAAUCGCGACCGCAGUGCGAGUAGCAACACUGUGAAUCCGACGUAUUCUCAUCAUCUCAUCCCUUCCUCAAAUACCUAUUGCACUUUGAAUAUUUCAUCAGAGACUAAUAGACUCACGCAUUUACAAUCUGCCAAAACGCCUUCUUUUCCUUCUAUCGGAAGACGGGAGAGAUCCGCAUUAAUACAGGGAAUUAGUGGAUCCCUUGGUCCUUUCAUGCCUCCAUCAGUCCAUGAGAACAUAUUUUCUUCUCCACCUUCGAACCCAGCACGAUUAGAAAAAGUACAUCUGGGUACUGCGAGAGGCCCACUUAAUCGUGGCAACAGUAUUACCAUGGUAGCUAGGACACCAAGUUUGGUUGAAGACCCAAGGCUUCGUAGUAAGAGUACUGCCCUGCCAGCGACUUUAACUACAUCCAUAUCACCCUUCUCCAAUCGUCUUCUUGAGGAGGCCUCUUCUUUUCAAAAAAGUCUUCAAGCAAUGGUGAGGCUUUUGGAUUUGAUCUGUUUUUUUUCGUUCCGUUCGUUGUGA